AACAAUAUCUAACCAGAAUGUAGAAGUGGGCUAACCUUAUCUCAUAGUAAGAAGUGUAUACUUUUAUUAUUAAGCCUUCACAGAAAGACUCAAGUAGCCCAGAGCGGUGACUCUUGGUUAUAUUUUACCGACACAAGAGGGCAGACACGAACCUUGUUUCGACUGUUGCUCAUUAUCCCUAAAUCCGUGAACAGAAGAUUUCACAGCAGAGCCCCGGAGAGACCAAAAGCAGUGAGCAGAGUCUUACUGAAACAAUGCCGGCACACAAGUGCAGGUUUUUGUGAGAGGUUCUGCGCGUGCAUUUGAUCCCGGACCGUCCCACAGAAGCCUGUCUGAUGUAGAGACUAGUUUACUGGAAGUGCUUUUCAACCGUUUAUUUGUUUAUUAUCAAUUACUUUGGUUAUUCUGCACCUUGACAAUUUGACUUGAGACAUCAUAUACUGAUUUUGACCUUCUUUCGAAAGACUUCAAAUCUCCGGUGACUCAAUCAUCAAUAUGCAUGAGUCAUUAAAGCCCGGUCUUCCUCGCUUUCUCUUUUAUUGAUCCGCGUCUGAGCUGCUCCGAUAACAGCCAAAGACAAGAUAUGAGACAACCCAAGGACCAUGUCUCCACAUAAAGCAACUGGAGAGGAACUGCUAUCGUUUUUUAGGUUACGGUGACAGUGACAGGUUGAUCGUGAUGGAUGCGAGAUGUCGAUUUCUCUUCGCCGUCUGCUCGCUGCUCAUCGCGUUCAGUGACGGGUCUCUGUUCACCGACUGCGUUCAAAGCAAAGGGAAAGCGGGGUUUUACGAGGGAUCCAUAGACUCCACCGAAUCAGGCGUGAAAUGCAUGAACUGGAGCGAUGUGCCGGGUGUUACAGAGCGCUAUCUGGGCAAAGGGCUCGGGGAGCAUAGUUUUUGCCGGAACCCGGACGGAAGAAUUCGGCCCUGGUGCUUCUUCCCAAACAGCCGGGGACGCAUAGACUGGGGGUACUGCGACUGCAAGCAAGGUUCUUUGCGGCUGCAGGGAGGCAGGUCCAAGCUGGAUGGUACAGUAGAAGUGUAUCUGAAUGGUGUGUGGGGAACCAUCUGCAGUAACGGCUGGGAUGACCGAGAUGCCGCAGUGGUGUGUCGACAGCUGGGACAGGGCUAUAGAGCGCGUGCACGUGCGAGUCCUCUGUCACGUCUGGUGGUGUCUGUAGUUCACUGGCAGACUGUGGGCUGUGAUGGACAGGAAGAGGACUUACUGCAGUGCAAUCGCACCGUCUGGAACGGGGGAGUGUGUGUUAACCGCCAGGCGGCUGCCGUGUCUUGCACGCCAGUGGAGGUGUUUGUCCCAGUGCGUCUCUCUGGUGGGCCAUCAGCUUAUGAGGGCAGAGUAGAGGUGUAUCAUGCGGGACAGUGGGGCACAGUGUGUGAUGACCAGUGGGAUGAUAAUGACGCUGAGGUGGUCUGCAGGCAGCUGGGGUUGGGGGGCAUUGCUAAGGCUUGGGUGGGAGCACAUUUCGGUGCAGGCUCAGGGCGAGUGCUGUUGGAUGAGGUGAGCUGCACAGGAAAUGAGCUUUCCAUAGAGCAGUGUCCAAAAACCGCCUGGGGGGAGCACAACUGUGACCACACAGAGGAUGCUGGAGUGUCUUGCAUCCCACUUACAGAUGGUGCAGUGCGUCUGGAUGGGGGUGUGAAGAGUUAUGAGGGGAGACUAGAGGUUCAUUAUAGAGGUCAGUGGGGGACCGUGUGUGAUGAUGGAUGGACACAGACCAACACACAAGUAGUUUGCAGGCAGCUGGGCUUCAGUUCAGGGGAGAGUGUGUCUGCAGGGCGGUUCGGGGUGUCACCGGGUCCCAUUCUCCUGGAUGAUGUAAGGUGUACAGGAAAAGAGCCCACAGUCACACACUGCAGCCGGAGGGACUGGUUCAAACAUGACUGCACUCACAACCAAGACGUAGCCAUUGUGUGCAACCCCCAGCGCUCUAGACACGGAGUGCCCACUAGUAUGCCUGUGAGACUGGUGGGUGGAGAGAAUGAGAGAGAGGGACGCGUGGAGAUCCUGGUGGCUGGCCAGUGGGGGACGGUUUGUGAUGAUGGAUGGACGGAUCGGGAUGCAGAGGUGGUGUGCAGACAGCUGGGUUACAGCGGGCUGGCUAAAGCUCGUGUGAUGGCGUACUUUGGAGAGGGCGAGGGGCCUAUUCACACUGACAAUGUAAAGUGCACUGGUGGAGAACAUUCGCUGAUUGACUGCAUCAAGCAACCGUUCGGGACGCACAACUGCCGCCACAGCGAAGAUGCCGGCGUUAUUUGUAACUAUGGGUUACAGAAGGAUUCUCCCGAGGUCAAAGAGGCGGUGGGCUCCAUGUGUGGUCUAAGACCCUCUCAUACCCGUCAGAAGAGAAUAAUAGGAGGAGAAAACUCGCUACGCGGGGGCUGGCCGUGGCAGGCAGCUGUGCGCUUACGGGGGUCCCAGGCAGACGGACGCUUGGUGUGUGGAGCCACUUUGAUCAGCAGCUGCUGGAUCCUCACCUCUGCUCACUGCUUUAAGAGGUACGGUAACAGCAGCGGGCUGUAUAAAGUGCGUGUGGGUGAUUAUCACUCUCUGGUUCCUGAGGAGUACGAGGAAGAGUACGCUGUGGAGAAAAUCGUCCUUCACCCACGUUACCGCUCUGACAGCAACGACUACGACCUGGCGCUGGUGCGCGUUUCUGGUCACGGAGCUCACAGGAGUGUCACGGGAGACUGCGUCACGCUGAGCCGCUUCGUGCUGCCCGCCUGCCUGCCAGCGCGCAGAGAGAAAGUGCCAAAGGGCAUCGCCAACUGCUACAUCACAGGCUGGGGAGACACAGGUCGUGCUUAUUCAAAAACUCUCCAGCAGGCCUCGAUAUCCGUGUUGAGCAAGCGUCAGUGCGAGCAGCGCUAUUCUGACCAGUUCACCGGCCGCAUGCUGUGCGCCGGCUCCUCCCACGACGACCAACGCGUGGACAGUUGCCGUGGAGAUAGCGGCGGUCCGCUGGUGUGCGAGAGGCCUAGUGGAAAUUGGGUUGUAUAUGGGGUCACAUCGUGGGGUCACGCGUGUCGACUGCAAGACGCACCUGGCGUCUACGCCAAAGUCUCUACCUUCGUGCCCUGGAUUAAGAAAGUCAUUGGCAAAUAGGACCCAGAAAACUCAACCAAUAACAGACAGUCUGACUAUGAGGGCAGAAAAAUGAAGCACACUUUUAGAGUAAGAAGCCUUAGAGCUAAAUAUGUUUUAGACGACAUUUUUAAAUGGAUGAUAGUUUAAUAACACUAGCAGAAAUCAACUACAAAGAAGUCUUAAAGGUCAGGGCCUAGCUUUAAAUACAGUAAAAUUUUAACUUUGCACUAAAAUCACACUGAUUAAAAAGAAAAACAGUAAAAUAUCUAAACAUUCUCAAUAUUAAUGAGAUUAUAUCAAGUCUUGUUUUCAGGCAAAAUAUCUUGAACAAUUAGGAAUAAAGCAUUUGUGCAAAUGUAAGUUUAAAAACAUUUGGUUUAUGCUCGAAACAAUGCAAAGUUAUUUUUAACUUUAUCUUGAUUUAACAAUGGUUAGAUAUUUUUACUGGAAAACACACACACACACACACGAGGCGUAUCAUAAUAGCGAUGUGUAGAUCUUUAUUGGCAGGUUAGAUUAUUGCAGGUCUUGUGUGUAUUUUUUAAAUAAUGAAAGCACUUCUAGGUUGAAGAGACCACUAUGGUGUGGAAUUGUUUUUUUUUUUUUUAAUUACGAAUACAACGAUGAAAGCAAAUCUGUGUAAAAGUAUGCCAUUAAGAGACAGAAACUGUUUGAGCCUGUAAUACGGGACGGGUAAUGUUUCAGGUUGAUAUGGAAGAACGUUCCAAUGGCUUGAAAUCACAUCAAGCUUUAAUGCUGAAAUGAGAAGAUUCUGGAUUUUCUGCUAAGAAACGUAUGGUAAUUCUAAACUCCUGGGAUAUGGUUACCAUGCCAUCGCUCAGUAACCGACCACAUCACCUCAUCCACACAUUAAAUGACAUCAUAAUUCUCCACAGGAACCAUGACAUCAUUUAUUAUAGCACAGAUGUUCGUGAUGAUAACUGGACCGAGGUUUUCUAUAUCUCGACAUCGGGACAAAAAGCACAUCAUAUAUUUGCUAAAUAUUUUCACAGUGCCACAGUCCCUUCCAGACGCCAGAGAUCUGGGGGAUAUGGGAAUUAUGUGCAAUGCAAAACUCUUUAUACCUCCUUGUUUUAGUGUUGUGAUAAUGCAUUUCAUUUCAGCAUAAUUAACUUGCGUUCGUUUUGAUAUUACACAUCUGUGAGCAUGAUUUAUGAGAGCAGUCUUUAUACACACUACACACUUUUUUUUUAAAACAACUGGCCUGUGUACAUAUAAAAGCUGACCAACCACAAACUCUUAUUUUGUACAAACUAAGGUGUUGCAGUUUAGGUUUUUGUAAAUUAGUUUUUCUUAUGCAUCAUUCAAUGAUAUUGUAAGCUUCUGUUAAUUAAUGGUACUAUGAAAACUAAAAAGUGUUCACUUGGUCAAUAAUUCUGUGCUGAUAUAUGAUCUAUAUUUCUGAACACGGCAUGGAGCUUUUAUUAUUGCCUAAACAGUGUAUGUCGAGUCAUGUGGUAUUUGACGCUAUUCAUAAGGGCUGCGAUGUUAUUAACAGCAUAAAAAUAGUAUGGUAAAUAAUAUUUAGAGGAACUUAAAAUCCCAAAAAGCUAUAUACCAGUGGUUUUCAACCUGUGGGCCGCAACGGUAUUGCAGGGGGGCCGCCAGUUAUUAUCAAUAGAAAUAAUAAUAUUGCUAAUGUACGUAAAAAUGUAUAGUAAUAAUUAAAUAUCAUA